CUUAAACUGUGGACACAUUUACUUUUAAUAACGUCAUUUCUUAUAACCUAUACUGAGUCUGCGCGGUGCGCGGCGCCGUUUCCCCAUGACGUAAUUUGACGUUUCUUGUCAGAAUCCAGGAAGUGAGUCGCUGGCUGUUGUUUGUGUUCGUUGGUCGCUAAUCGCCUCUGUUUUCUGACUCUACAUAUCACCUUACGGGCCGAAAUGGCGACGUUUAUUUCAGUCCCGUUAAAAAAGUCCUCCGAGGUGGAUCUGGCGAAGCCGCUGUCGAAGUUUGUCACAGCCUCUUACUCAGCGGGAGAGGAGCAGGCGGAGUACAUCCGCGCCGUGGAGGAGUUGAACAAGCUCCGCAGGAACGCGCUGGGAAGGCCGCUGGACAAACACGAGAGCUCCCUGGAGAUCCUGCUCAGAUACUAUGACCAGCUGUGUGCAGUGGAGCCUAAGUUUCCCUUCUCUGAAAACCAGCUCUGCUUAACCUUCACAUGGAAGGAUGCCUUUGAUAAAGGAUCCCUGUUUGGUGGCUCAGUCAAACUUGCUUUAGCUAGUCUGGGCUACGAGAAGACGUGCGUGUUGUUCAACGCAGCAGCGCUGGCCAGUCAGAUCGCCUCCGAGCAGAACCUGGACAACGAUGAAGGACUGAAGGCUGCAGCCAAAUACUAUCAGCUGGCUAGCGGGGCAUUCAGUCACAUCAAGGACACGGUGCUGUCAGCUCUGAACAGGGAGCCCACCAUGGACAUCUCCCCUGAGACCGUGGGCACCCUGAGCCUCAUCAUGCUGGCUCAGGCUCAGGAGGUGUUCUUCCUCAAAGCCACAUCAGAUAAAAUGAAAGAUGCUGUCAUCGCAAAGUUGGCCAAUCAGGCUGCAGAUUUCUACGGCGAUGCCUUCAAGCAGUGCCAAUACAAAGACAACCUCCCCAAGUAUUUUUAUUUUCAGGAAGUGCUGCCGGUGCUGGCGGCUAAGCACUGCAUCAUGCAAGCGAACGCCGAGCUGCACCAGAGCGUCCUGGCCAAGCAGAAGAAACGCUUUGGGGAAGAGAUCGCUCGCCUGCAGCAUGCAACUGAGCUGGUGAAGACGGUGGCGUCCCGCUAUGAUGAAUAUGUGAGUGUAAAAGACCUGAGUGACAAGAUCAACCGAGCUCUUACUGCCGCCAAAAAGGACAACGACUUUAUCUACCACGACCGCGUGCCUGAGGUGAAGGAUCUGGAGCACAUCGGCAAGGCAGCCUUGGUCAAAGCGACGGCCAUCACGCCUCCACUGAGCCAGAAAUUCACAGACUUGUUUGAGAAGAUGGUUCCCAUGGCCGUGCAGCAGUCCAUGAGCAUUUACAACCAGAGGAAGGCUGACACCGUCAACGGGCAGGUGGGAACGAUGAGGGAGGCGACUAAUCUCUGCAACGGGGUUUUGGCAUCCCUGAACCUGCCUGCCGCUCUUGAGGAUCUGUCUGGAGACUCUAUCCCACAAUCCAUCGCUGAGAAGGCGCGAUCCAUUGUUCAGCAGGGAGGCCUGCAGAGCAUCGAGCAGCUAAUCAAAGACCUGCCUGAGCUCCUGACCCGCAACAGAGAGAUCCUGGACGAGUCCCUGAAGAUGCUGGACGAUGAAGAGACGACAGACAACGAGCUGAGAACCAAGUUCAACCAGCGCUGGAACAGAACCCCCUCUGGAGACCUCUACAAGCCUCUCCGUGCCGAGGGAGCUAACUUCCGCAAUGUCCUGGACAAAGCCAUACAGGCUGACCAGGUUGUGAAGGACCGCUAUAACACCCACUGUGACAUGAUCGCCCUGCUGUGUAAACCAGAGAAUGAGCUCAACGCCGCCAUCCCCUCUGCCAACCCCACCAAGACCCUGCAGGGCAGCGAGGUCGUGAACGUGCUGCGCUCUCAGCUCGCCCAGCUGGACGAGAUAAAGAAGGAGAGGGAGACCAUGGAGGGAGAGAUCAAGGCGGUGACCUUUGACAUGUCCGCCACCUUCCUGACCGCGCUUGCUCAAGACGGAGCCAUCAACGAGGAGCAGCUGUCUGUGUCACAGCUCGACCAGCUGUACAGUUGCUACAACCAGAGAGUGCAGGCCAGCCUCCGCUUGCAGGAGGAGCUGCUGGGACAAGUUCAGACGGCUCACCAGGAGUUCAGUUGUCUGAAGCAGUCCAACACAGAGGCCAACCAGAGAGAGGAGGUCCUGAAGAAGCUGGCCUCGGCUCACGACAGCUACGUGGAGAUCAGCAACAACCUGCGUGAAGGCACCAAGUUUUACAACGACCUGACAGAAAUCCUGCUGAAGUUCCAGAACAAAUGCAGCGACAUCGUUUUUGCUCGAAAGACAGAACGGGAUGAACUAUUAAAGGAGCUGCAGCAGAGCAUCGCCCGAGAGCCCAGCGCUCCAUCCUUCAAUGUCCCCGCCUAUCAGAGCACCCCAGCUGCCCCCGCUGCCGCUGCCACCGGCCCGACCCCUGCACCCAGGACUGUCUUUCCUACCACCCCACAGCAGCCCCCGGCCAAGCCCAACCCCCCUGCCAGGCCUCCUCCACCUACUUUCACGCCUCAGGCAGCGUCCACCACCACUCCCACCAACACACCGCCCGCAGGGACUCCCGCAGGAAACCCACCACCUAUGGCUCCACCAACUCAGGCGCAGGGACCACCUUACCCCACCUAUCAGGGCUACCCAGGAUACUACCAGAUGCCCAUGGGCUACAACCCCUACGCUGCCUACGGCCAGUACAACAUGCCCAACAUGCCCUACAUGCCCUACCAGGCCACUCCAGGACAAGGAGGAUACCCAGGAGCCCCUCCGGCAGGAGGCUACCCCGGCUACCCCCAGCAGCCCCCACAGCAGCAGCCGUACUACCCUCAGCAAUAACUCUGCUCUCCAUCCUCUCAUCUCUUUCCUCACCUGAUAACACCAAAUAAAAAAUCCCCCCCAGCAAUAACACUUCAGCUCCUUUCAGCCCCCUCCUCUCUCAUUUUUGGUUUUCUGUCACUAACUUUAGAAACCCAAGCGUAGGGUAACGUCGGAGCUGCUUUGCACUUCUCUCCAUCUUUUCUCUCCUGGAUCUUGUUUUCUUGUUUUCUGAUGGCACUUUCUCACACUAUCUGAACGUUCAUCAAUGCACUAACUCCUCCUUCGUUGUUGGGUUGUUUUUUUUCUGCUGGUUUAAUGUAAAACCUAACUGGUUUCUGUUGAUAACUGACUCUUUGUCUGUGCUGCACUGCUGUACAACACUCAUGGAGGCGCACAGAAUCCGAGGAUGUUUCCUGGUCGGGGUGUUUGUGUCGGGUGGGCGGAUGGUUGAGGUCACAGCCACAUUCUCACUACUCACACCCACUCAGUCACCCCCUAGUGCUUCUGUAUCAACUAUAUUCCUAUUUUUGUAAUGAAUACUGCUGCCUCGCUGAUGUAUAAACCUCUAAAAACGAAUGGCCUGUAGGUUUUCUAAUGUAGAUGAAGACUGUUGAGAGUUUGGCUCUCUUUCUAUCUCUGUUUUUCUCUCAUCCAGGGAAUGUCGGUAUAUUUCUGUGUUACAAUCAGAGGCUGUAAAAGUGGGAGAACUGGUACAAUGAUAUAAAUAUAUGUAUAAAUAAGACUCUGUAUACGUGGUUAACCGAGACACUCUGUGUGCUGCACUCUCAUGCUCUUUGUGUUAUUUUUAUUCCUCAGCUCUAAUGUGAUUAAAAAAAAACAACUGCCAA